ACAGACGAGCAGCCGGCCGGCUCUGGAGGUGACCUCAUCGUUUCUCUCGACCGGCUGUCAGGAUGCAAGUGCGUCUGGUCACGGCGGGUCAGCGCUGGCGAACGGCCUGAUGAAUAAGAAAGACCUGCAGGGCUGUCUAAGGUAAGAUCACAGUUAACUUCUUGUGUUGUGUUUUCAGUACUGCAGUGAGACUUGAGUUGUGUGGGAAUACAGCGGCCCCUAGUGAAUGAAGGCAUCUAAUGCAUCCGUAUGUCCAGACAUUCAGAACAAGAUUUGUUUAAAUGUUUUAUAGCUACUAUAAGAGUUGUUCAUAAAUAACAGUAUGGUCAUGUUGAAAUAUUUGGUGAUUACAAUUGAUUUAUGAAAAGUAUCUAAAUGUUAAUGUAGAAUGACAUGAUUUAUUAGAAAGUUGCCAAAAAAUGAUUGUCAUGACAUUUAAGUCCAAAAUAUAUUUUUUGUAUUAAUGUGAUUUAUUGAUUCCAGUGAUGAAUACAAGGCUCACCUAAAAAUUAGUGUUUAAAGGAAUAGCAGUACUCAUUCUCACGUCGUUUCAGAGUAUAAAAAACAAGGAAAAUGUUUAAACUGCUUUAGGCUAUGUUCACAUUUGACUUCAUGUUUGCAGCUGGUAGUGUCUGUUUUACAUUUAAAUCUUGUGGAUUCCUGGGCAGUGUCGUUUUCUGCAGCUCAGAGUGUCUUUUUUUGAUUUUAGAUUUAUUUUUAAGUUAUAUUUUGUGGCUUUUUGCCUUUUUUUUAUAAUUAGAGGAUAAUGGAGACAGACAGGAUGUGAUUGAGAGGAGAGAGUGGAGUAGGAAUCAGGAAAGGACACUGAGCCGGAAUUUGAACUCGAGUCUCCCAGGUCACAGUUUGGCCAUAUGUCUGGAGCGCUCUCCACACAGCCUUCUACCAGAGUGUCUUUUGAAGUUGAAAAAGGUUCAACUUUUAUGAAGAAACACCUUUUUCAUAGCUAAUCAAUGACAAGCGAGUAGCGAGACCUGUCUUGUCCUUAUCAACAUUCAAGGAAGAUGAUUGGUAAAACAGGAUCAAGAUGGAAAAAUAAAAUGGUGACAGAAUCGCCGGCUGGAGCAUAUUUUUUUAUAAAUGCAAGUUUAAUUUUCCCCUCUUAAGUGCUUUUGAUUGCAUUUCUAGUGAGAAAUUAGUAUUGUAGAUUAGAAAUAUGUCAUCGGUUAUUGCAAAGAUGCUCUUUGUUUAUAAUUCAAAUAGACUUCCCUUAUGCUGCCUAUGAAGCCUGUCUGAAUCUGUUUCUCUGAGCUCCCUUCAUGCACAAACGCUUUGUAACCACAACAAAUAAUGUUUUCUUGUCAAAAAGACGUCAAAUGUGAACAUAGCCUUACAGUCUGCAAGAACUGUAAAUCAAAUAUUUUCAAGGUUAUCUGAAGGUAAUCUAUAGCUGUGUGAGGAAUGGCACAUUAUUACAAUUCACAGUAAAUACUUAUCAGCUCAAAGUCAUUUGUGCUUCUGAAUAUUCAGAUUCAUGUCAUCAUGGGACAAGUAGUAUCAGCUCUUCUGUUUCUAUAAAGCACUUUCAUAGAUUUCCACAACACAUUUACCAACAUCAAUACACCGACACUGCAUUACAGCGUUAAAUGAUUAUUAAUAAUAGUAAUAAUAUGAGAAUAAACAUGCAGUAUCACCCACACUAGCAUGUGUGUUAGGAAGAUGACUGUGGUCAGAUCACGCUACAUUUGCUCACCAUCCGAGCGCAUCAGUCCCGCUGUUAUUUAUAGCUCCAGCGUAGUCUGCAGUCUCCUGCCCCAGAGCAUGCUGGACAUAAAUAAAGCUCAUCGCUUCAGCGCUCCAUUCACACGUGUGCGCUCGGACAAGCCCCCAGUCCUCCGGCCGGCGUGUGGAUGGAUGGAGCGAGAGGCUUGAGUUUAUGGUAGCGAUGAGACUCAUGAAUGAGAGAGCCGUGUCCCAGCAGCACACCAGCGUCUCCAUGUAGGUCAGCGCUACACAGAUCAGCAGUUCAGUGGCACUCUCAUGGGCUCCGUCGUGUCAGGCUGUUUCUCCCAGCCGGGCCUGGCCGAUGCUGAGUCUGAUGCAUCCCUUCACAGCGAUGCAGGGCUGAAGGACCCGCUGACGGACUGUGACUCGGUCAUGGAUGGAGGAGAAUGUGUUAAAGACACAGAUGUUCUCCACAACGGCAGUCGCAGCGACCAAGAAGCCGCCCAGCGCCUGGCCAGACGUCUCUACAACCUGGAGGGCUUUCGUCGCUCAGAUGUCGCCAAACAUCUGGGCAAGAACAAUGACUUCAGUAAGAUGGUGGCAGAGGAGUACCUCACAUUCUUCCAGUUUACAGGCAUGACAUUGGACCAAUCUCUCAGAUGUUUUCUGAGAGCGUUCUCACUGAUUGGUGAAACUCAGGAGAGAGAGCGGGUGUUAAUUCAUUUCUCUGACCGCUACUAUCAGUGUAACCCCGACAUCAUCACCACACAAGAUGGAGUUCAUUGCCUUACGUGUGCAGUAAUGCUGCUCAACACUGACCUUCAUGGCCCUAAUAUUGGAAAGAAGAUGACGUGCCAGGAAUUCAUCAAUAACCUGGACGGGCUCAACGGAGGACAAGAUUUCCCCCGAGAACUGCUGAAGUCGUUGUAUAACUCCAUCAAGAAUGAGAAGCUGGAAUGGGCUGUUGAUGGAGAUGAGCUGAAGAAGUCUCUGUCUGAGCUGGUGGAUAAGAGCGAUCGCACUCGCACUAAGAGCAUCAGUCGCAUCAGCAGCGGCAGUAACCCCUUUCUGAACAUCGCUCAUGACCCCAACGCUGCCGUCUACAAAACCGGUUUCCUGGCCCGCAAAAUCCACGCUGACAUGGACGGCAAGAAAACACCGAGAGGCAAGAGAGGCUGGAAGACCUUCUAUGCGGUUCUCAAAGGCAUGAUCCUGUAUCUGCAGAAGGACGAGUAUAAGGCGGAGAAGGCCCUGUCAGAGGAGGAUCUGAAGAACGCCAUCAGCGUGCAUCACGCUCUGGCCAUCAAGCCCGUGGACUACGAGAAGAAGCCCAAUGUUCUGAAGCUGAAGACCGCUGACUGGAGAGUUUUCCUCUUUCAGGCUCAGAGCCCUGAGGAAAUGGAGUCCUGGAUUAGAAUAAUCAACUCUGUGGCGGCCAUGUUUUCAGCCCCGUCGUUCCCCGCUGCCAUUGGCUCACAGAAAAAGUUCAGCCGCCCGCUGCUGCCAGCGACCACCACACGAAUGUCUCAGGAAGAGCAGCUGAAGUCCCACGAGGCCAAGCUGAAGCACGUGUCCUCAGAGAUAGCCGAGCACAGAUCCUAUCCUCCAGAUAAGAAGGUCAAAGCCAAAGAGAUCGAUGAGUACCGCUUGAAAGAGCACUACCUGGAAUUCGAGGAGAGCCGCUACGAGAUGUACGUAAAGCUUCUGAAAGAGGGCGUGAAGGAGCUCCUGACGGCCAGAGAUGGUGACGCCGCGCUGAAGAAAUCACAGUCCAGUCCUUCUCUCAACCAGGAGUCCCAGCCGGCCGCCGCCAAGGUCAAGCGCAACACGUCCGAACGCAAGGACUACAGGCCCGACGCACCCAAAGUCACAUAGACUGAAUGCGGCCGUCACGCCGUCACCCGUGACUCUAUCUCAUAUCGUUUCUGUUUUUCUGCCCAUCGCUGAAACAUUACACAGUGUCAAAUCUAGAAAGCCAUGUGUGGAUUGGAGGGUGUACACCAGCCGGUGCUCGUGGAGAAUGUCUCGCAGAACGUCUUUGGCUUUUAUGUGUUAGUGUGUAAAGAUUUGAUUUGAGAAGACCAUAUGUGUGCUUUAUCUCAGAGAGCUUCAGUUUAGUGCAAACGUCCGCGUUAGAUUUAGCAUAGAAAUAAUCAGGACACGAGGCGUUUGGAUGGCAGUGCAUGAGUAGCAGUUUGAUUGUGAUGAACAGUAGAGUAGAUCCUGCUGUCAGAUGACUAACCCACUACUAACCAUCUGAAUCUAUAGCUCCAUACAUACUGACACACGCCUCACGUAUGAUACCAGCAUGUCACAGCAGUGGACACAAUCUACACACAGAUUUUAUAAUAAUGAGGAUGAUUUCCAGGUACGUCAGACUUCCGAAGCCAUCACACGCUGGGCGGUCUGUGCCAUUUAUUUUUCUAUCUGUUGAGUAAUCCUCUGCUUUUUCAGUAGUGCAAAUGCCCAAAUGCUCUUCUUUUCCUGUAUUUUGUAAUCUUCUUUGAACAUUAUUAUUGUUGUAAAGAUGACGGUAGUAUUUCUAGUGCACUUUAUGACUUUCUUCUUUGGAGUAUUUUAGAGAAAUAGCUUUAUAAAGGCUAGUGUUACGUUACGUCAUUGUGUAUGGCAGGUUUUUUUAAGCAUAACCAAAUGAUGUGGAUGUAAUUGAAGGUACAGAGCCGAUGACGGCUCGACGUGUCGUGUUAGUUUGUCUCGUGUUUUUACUAUCAUGUUUAGGAUUUUAAAGCCGUUGAACAGUUAGGUUUGGUACUUUUGCCUCUUGAUGCUGAAUAUCACGUGACAUUUUUACACAGGUGUGUGAACGCUUGAUUUGUUUUUGUUUGCACACCGACGUUACGUCCAGUCUGUGUUUGUUUGAAUGUUUCUGAACAUGUAUUAUAAAUGAACAGCUGAUAAGACACAAUGGUUUAUAGAAUCCUUUUUGUUUACUUGAAAUAUUUUGAUGGACACUUUAUUUUUGUUAGCUUUGAGUUUUUCAGCUGUUCGACAAUGUGUUUCCUUCUUUUAAGCUCUUAUAACUUCAAUUUCAAAGCCGAAAGCACUUGUGUCGUCUUUGAUCUAUUUUUGGCUUUUCUCAAGCCAUAUGUCCUCACACACACACACACACACACACAUUAAUACUAUGAUAUCAGUAUGUAAAGUGAUGUUGAACAUGUUUUAUGUUGUUUUCUGAGCACUAACCCUUUAACAGUGCACGUCGAACAGAGAAACACACGUUUCAUUGACUCUUUACAGCAGGACACAUGUUGUACCGUACGGAUGAUGACAUGUCAAUACACCAGAUAUCAUUUAUGAGAGGAACUGAGGUGAAGUGUGUAAUGUUUGGACUCGUUCUGAAGGCCCUGAGCUGAUCUCUUUAUUGACCCAUUGUCAUGUAUGUGUGUUUAGUUUUUUCUGAUCUCCUCUGUAAUGCUGUUCUGUCAUGAUGGAGAGCAGUUGGGUUGUGAGUCCAAACUCAGACGUAGUGAAAUCUCUUUUCUAGCUGUGAUCCUGUUAUAUUCCCUUCAAUCUGUAAAUGCUGUUCAAUAUACCCGUGGCUGUGUUUUCAGAGGAUUGAAUCUGUUCAAUGAUGUGUCUUACGUCUGCCUACAGAGAUCAGGAACACAGUGUUGGCUUCCGUGAAUAAAAUGCUGUAUUUAAUCGUC